CUUAUCUAGAUAUCGCGCAGUACGAGCUGCGCGCUCGAAUCGUGAACCAUGUGUCCCCACACUUAGUGAUAUGGUAGUUUUGAAGUAUUGAGGUCAACACCAUGGAAACUGAGACGAUCAUAAUCGUGAGCGUAUUCAGCGGGGCCUGGCUGGUGCUCUUAGUGAUGAGCAUCGUGCUAUGUACCCAAGUCGCCAGUUUGCGUCGUAAGGUUAAAGACCUUAGUGCCAGCGGACGAUUACGAGUUCAAAAAUUAAAAAUGAGCCAGGAUGGAAAUCACGCGUUCCACAAUCCUUGUCUUUCUCCGGACGAGGAGCUAUCUCGUCGAGGCUACUCCAUGUAUCAGGCGUCCGAAGACGAUAUCGAAAGCGGUAGAGGUACAGAACGGCAGACGGGAGGGCACUUUGUAGACGAACUGACGCGAGAACUGGACAACAGACAGCAGCGCCAGGCAAACGCUCCACAAUUUCUACUUCACGGCAUUGAAGAUAAGAAAAGGAAAACCCCGUCAAAUCCUUUAUCAAAUCAAGGACGACAGAAUGACAUAAAUCCUAACUUCAUUUACUGACAAAACCCCUAAUAAACUAUGCCUCACGCAAAAUGACCCUGUAUUAAAAAAAAAUUUUAGCAGACUUAAGCACAGAGGACGCACAUUGUGCUUAUAUCGUCUAAAAUUUACAUCAUUUUGGGUUUGUUUCGUCGUCAUUACAUUAUGAGUGAAAAUGCAGUACUUUUCCAUUACUUUUGCUAAAAAAAUAUAGGAAAAAGCUGAAAUAUUUGUAAGCAUUAUAUUUUAUUUAUUAAGAUUUAAAUUAUAAUAUUAUUAGAUA